CCAGAGUGUUGACACCUCUGUCAGAGCGUUCUGUUUUACCAUUACUAUAACAUCGUUGUCUCUUUCUUAUACGUUGACUUCUGAUAAUUCUAUCUUCGUUCCUCGUUUUCGAGUGCCGCGUAGUGUCAAAUAGAAGAAUGCAUGAAUAGGUUUACGUUCCCACUGGUUUUUAACUUUUAGAGAUGUGAGAGUGAUUAAUCUGUGGGCAUUGUUCGUAUCUAUCUCCAUUCGCCUUUUCGACGUGUUUCGAUGUGAUGUGCUUCUAAAUAUUGGUUAAAACACAUUAUAAAAACACGUUUUAUCAAAGAAUGUUAUAAAUAAGGCAUAACAAGUGUAAAUGAAACAAUAGAAAAAUGAGUUCUCUGCAGCAAGGUAGCAGAUUCUUACCUUUUUCAAAUAAUAAUAUACAAAGGAAGCAACUAUCAAUGCAAGGUGGUCUUCCACAAAGUUUGAGUGGUAGUGAAACUGAUGUAUCGACAUCAAAUGAGAACUUAACUAAUGAAGAUCGAUAUGUUAUAAGACAUACAGCUCGUCAAGAACCUCAAGGCCAAGAAAAUCAGCAGCAAAGUCCAUCGAGGUCUUCCAGUCAUAAAGAAAAUAUACCAAAUAUACAAGGUAACCUGCUCAACAGAAACAGUUUGAAGGAUAGUUUAAAUGGUUCAAACAGAAACAGUUUGAAAGAAAAUUUGAAUGGUUCUAAUCGAAAUAGCCUUAAAGACAGCAUUAAUGGUUCUAAUAGAAAUAGUUUGAAGGAUAAUUUAAGUAAUCGUACCAGUGUAGGGUCAAAUAGAAGUAGCUUAGAUGUGUCUACAAGCUCUUACAACACACUUAUUAUACACAAUGCUAAUGAUGAUAAUUCAUGGGUACCAUCUGGAAGGUUGUCAGGUGUAGUAAGAGAACAUGGAGAUAUGGGUUACUUAUAUUGUGAUGGUGGUGGUAAAGGACAUUCGAAUAGUCCUACUAUGCAGUCUUUAUCAAAUUUAUCUCAUGAAGACCAUGUUUAUGAACAACCUAAUAAUGGAGGAUGUCAAGAAAUUACAGAUAUACCAGAUGAUUAUCUUAGUCAGUCACAGGUAUUAAAACAUCUUGCAAAAGAAGUUAAAGUACCAUCUUAUAGCAAGCUAACUAAUAAUGGAGGAAAUAUUGAUAUGAGAAUGAGAGAUGGUGAUAGAGGAAAACAGAAUGAUAGCGAAUCAGAAGAUAGACCACCACCUUCGUAUAUGUCUGUUCUGCUACCAUUAAAAAAUAAAUCUCGUCUUCUUGGGCCAAUGGAAAAAUUGACAUUAUCAAGAUCACAACCUGAUUUAUCUAGAAUAGGCAAACCAGAUAUGGAUAAUUACAAUUUGCGGGCAACUUCUCCACGACCUCAAACGAAAGGAAGAGAGGAGACAGAAUCUGCAACAGGUGAAAUUUGGCCACCAUCAGAGAUGAUACAAAUUGUAAUCCAGGAGAACAGUGCCUUAAAAUUAGAAUUAGAACGAUGCUAUAACAAAGUUGCUAAAUCUCAAAAGUUGGAACAAGAGAUCGCGAAGGUACACAGGGCUCAUGAGGAAUUGGCUGCGUCCAGUGAACGAAGAGAGAAACUGGAACGAGCUGCUAGACUGAGGUUACAAAAUGACUGCAGACGAUUAACCGAAUUAAAUCGUGCAUUGAGAGAUCAAAUAGAUUUAUUAUCGGCACGUACCGAUAGUCCUCCGAUCGUAGAAUCUAUGAGAAAGGAAUUAACGCAACGAGAGUUAUUAAUUGGUCAAUUGAUUACACAAAAUAAAGAAUUAGCCGCGGCGAAAGAAAGGCAGGAAAUCGAAUUAGCAGCACAGCGAGCAACGUUACAAGAACAACGUACACACAUAGAUAUUUUAGAUACUGCUCUCACUAACGCACAAGGCAAUGUUGUACGCCUUGAAGAAGAGUGUCGGAAGAAACAAGUAUACGUAGAAAGGGUAGGCCAACUUCAACGAGCUUUGUCUUCUCUUCAAGCGUCCAGUGACAGAAGAGAAGAAACAGAAAGACAGUUGAGAGGUCAAUUAGAACGGGAAUUAAGAGAAGGCGGUGGCGGCGGUGGCGGUGGUGCUAAUGGUAAUGAACAAUCCUCCAAUGGAGAAACGAUCGCAGAAUUAAAACGAAGAAUACGCGAAAGAGAUGAAAAAAUUAUGUCACUCGAGGGUGACGUUGCAAAAUGGGAGCAACGUUAUCUCGAAGAAAGUGCACUAAGGCAAGCGGCAAUUGAUGCAGCCAGUCUACCAAAGGACGCCAAGAUAGCUGCGUUAGAGAAGACGAGUCAAGACGCUGAGAAAUUAAUUGCAGAGGCACGUUCUGAGAAAAUGAGACACAUGGAUGAAGUACACGCGGCACAGAAAAAAUUAGCUGAUUUUGAAUCUAGAAUGAAGGAUCUAGAAUCGAAAUUAGCUGAAAGGGAUGCAAUGAUUAGAGUCCUUCAAAAACAUACGUAUGACAAGGAUAGUAGUAGCAGUAGUGGUGUUGGUAGUUACCCUGCUGCACAUUCGUCUCACUCAAGCACAUCAGCGGAUCACCAUACUGCACUAACAAGCACGCCAGAACUCGUAAGCAGUGUAUUGGGUGGUGGUAGUGGUUAUGGAAGUACUGGUUCGUAUGGUGUUACGGACAGUUACAAGUAUAGGAAGCAGGGGAGCUUCGAACAAACGAAUAAAAGUCUCGAUGAUCAAUUAAAAGAACUAGACUCCCAACUACUUAGUAAGCGGGCACUUUGCUGUUUUCCAGGAUUCUCUAAUCCAGGCACUGCGUCGCGAAAAGGAAAAAUACCCAAGCCAUUAUUGGCGGGUGUAGAUAGCACAGGUACCUCGAGCACCGCCUCGAGCAAGAGUCGCCUAUUAGACGACUCCGGUGGCGAGGUUUCGCCGGGUAUCAUGGAAUUUGCGAGUGCAGCCUCGAGACUAAAAGGCACUGUAUCGAGAUUGUCAGACGGUAAGCCCGAAGAUAUGAUGCUGCUGGAGAAGCAGGGCAGAAGCUCUCAGAGGCAGAGGAUGCAAGAGGGCGAACCACGUCGCGCGGGUAGUCUUCCUCCUAGCUCGUUACCGCGGCCACCGAAGAAUCUGAAGUCGACGAACUCGCGUUACUGCAGACUAAGCGACACGGAGACUCGCAAGAAAUCAGAUCCAGGUCCAGCUUUGGACACCUCUGUGAGCAUGAAGGUGCGCGAUACGAGCAACUGCACCAUCGAGUAUGGCAGAUUCGACACGAAGGCUCAGCGUCGAAAGAAAUCAUCCGGAACGGAACAGUUGGUCGUGAAUAAUUCGCUGAAAAAGCCAUCCUCUACGACAAGUCACGAGUACGAGCGCCUUCAAGGUGAAAAUAUUCGCAAGAAACAGCCUUCCAGUUCAGAAACGAAGCACAGGGAAAUGCAGAGUCGCUCGCUGAUACCUCCACCGUCUCGUCGUAUCGGAGAGUACGGUCGCCUCAGCGAUGGCACCUUGAGAAAGCAAACUGGUUCACGAGGACAAAGCACCGGAAGCACGGUGAGCAGCAAGAGCGGCGGGCGCGACUCCGGAGGCACUGCUAGCAGCGAGGCGUCCACGUCAUCGUUGCCUCCUUCCAAAGCAAGAUCCAUACCUCGUCCGAGCAAUUACCGCAUUCAGUUUUAAUUUAUAACGUUUGGAAUCGAGUUAGUCUUCCUUCUUACAAAUAUUGGCUUUCAAAGAGAUGUUCUCUCAAAGGAGUGUAUAACUCCUUGUAGCGUAUAAAGAGUAACUCGUGGGAUAUAAUUUUCCAUACUUUAUCUUCCAUUUAUGAGAAUCUUCCUUACCAAACAUUGAUACAGAUGCUUAUUCUACUGUCUUAAGUUUUCUAUUGCAUUUUCAACGAACGACGGAAAAUUUCUUUCUAGUAGAUGUCAGAGAGGAGCACAGCAGGGUCGAAUGGUUAGAUGAUCGAAUGGAAAAGAGCGGUGAACGACGAAUAAAAUGGGAGGCGGAUUAAUGAACGAAGGCAAAAAUCAAAAGCGUUGACUGGUUUCGAGAGCGUCCCUACUUCGCCCUUUAGCAGUUCAGAUCCUAUUUAGAAGUCCUAAUAUACGUAUACGCGAGCGAUACGUCUACACAGCCAUAAUAUUAAACGAUGCGUUAGUUCCCUUUAUUACCAUUUAAUAACGAAGAAGCGAAGCCGAUCGCAACGACAUAGCGAAGGAUCACGAUAUAUCGUCGCGUAGCGAUAAUGCAUGACCUAGUCAUUACCAAAGUAAUUUCUGUAAUGAAAACGGAAUUGAUUUCCUCUCGUUUCGUACGCAACUACAUCUAGGAACAUUGCGGCUUUUUGUUGAAUAAUAAUAUUCGUAUAAUAAACGCGAAAAAGUGCCUUGUUAAAGACUGCGUGAAAAAGAAAUACACGAUCGGUACAACUAGGAAUAAGAGUAUACGUUCGGAAUAACUUUCACAAUUCCGAAGGACACGGAACCUUUGGAUAAAGUCAAUCGCGUGACCCUUAAGUGGACGCGUUAUUUUUUGAACGUGUAUUUUAUAAUUUUACCCUUUCGCCAGGAGUAUCGCAUUUCUGCGCGUGCCUUAUGAAAACAUAUUUCUUUUCCUUCUCUUUUUUUUUUUUUUAUGUAUCUUUAAGAUCGUUUCCUGCUGGAAACGAUAUAAAGAUACAAAACGCGAGAUAUCCAGUCAGUUUCGCUUUUCGAUGGAAAAGUGAAACUAUGGUAAGGCGAACGAAAAUUCGAUUUGUCCGGAUGCACAGCAAGCAAUUCGACUAGUAUAUAUAUAUAAAUAAAUAUAUAUAUAUAUACAUAUUAUAUAUUUUAUAUAAUCACAUUUUCGUGUGUACGUGUCUCGAUUCGAUGAUUUUGAGUGUUCUUUUACACCGAGAGAAAUUACGUAAAUCGUUAACGGUGAUUCGCUUAAUUUAAGGUGACAUAGUAAACGUAGCGACGGUGAUGAAUCAUACGUAAUACUUAGAAAUAAUAUAUUUCACGAUGGGGCAGUUUCAUAAGCAUUUACAUUUCGCCCCUAAGUAUCGUUCAGCCGGUCGAAAGGUACUUUCCCCCCUUGUCCCGCUUUAUGGUUUUAAAUGCAUUUCGAUUUUAAUAUCAAUGAAACUCUUGACGAUAGUAAUCUCGGUCGAUGAUAUUCACCUUUUAGGCAGAUUAUUUUUACGUCGUAUUUCUUGUUUUCAGCAUAUUCCUUUUAUAGACGUUAUUUAAACUGUGUAAGAUCAGGCUACAUUUAAAUUGAACUGAUUGAUUACAAAUCAUAGUCAAAGUAUUGUGAAGUUCCGGUAUAGCGUACAUGUAUUAAUUAUAGAAAAAAAAAAUUACAAAAGGAAUUAUGAAAGUGAUAAAACAGUAAUAAUUUAUGUUACUAGGAAGUUGAACGCGUCACGUUGCGAAUUUCAGCCUGAUGGGAAGGUUAUUAUAAUCUUCGUGAUUAGUAUAGGUACUUAUAAGACUGAAAAAAGUGAAUAUCGACGAAACAAAUUUUCUUCUUCGCUAUUUGCUAUCACAUGUUUUCUCUCUCAUCCAGUUUCACCCUAUUUUCUCCCCUUCGCGCGUGUGCACGAAUUUACAUCUACGUACAACCAGGAAUAUAUGUAUACAGACAUAGCUGAAGUUGAUGCAUGUUCACGAAUAUUCAUGUGCAUUAAAACGUCUAUUGUUCACGAUACGAGUUCCUUGAAGACUACAGGGAUAUUCGUGGUAAAUAUAGCGGAAAUUUCAUUAGCAUUCUCUGUAAUCCCUUCGACGAAUGGUAUGUAGCCUGUUGAAAGAAAAAAAGAGAGCAGGAAGAACGGAAAGGAAAGAAAGAAGGAAAAAAUAGAGGGGAACAAAAUCUCUGGACGUGUGUAACGUCGUUGUUUUCGCAGAGACGUCGAAAAUUUUUAGGACGAAUCGUUUAUUUUUGUCUCGCGCGAAACAAAGAGAAAAAAAGAUGAUAAAAAGGAAAAAAGAAGAAAAAUGCGUAGAAUGCCAAAGCAAGUUAGGAUGCCGCACACUACGAUUUAUAAUGACAAAUAUGUUCUAAUAUAAUUUUAGCGUAUUUAUUUGUUUUCGUUUUUGUGUUAAUUAUCUAUUUUACGUAUAGGGUGAAUUUUCUAUCAAUUAUUAUUUCCCGUGAACGUUUUAGAGGGGAAGGUUUAUCGUGCAGCUUCCGUUUUGAAGCGCGCGGUCCUACGUAAAUGGUAGGAGAAUUUAGAACCGAGUGACAACUGAUAAAAGACUCACCCUGUAUACGUAGGGUGUUCAUUAAGAUACGAUAUGUUUAGAAAAUGAGAGAUUUCUGACAUAAUUCGCACGUUUGUAAUAAGAGUUAUACGAUUCAGUACUUUUCGAAUUUGAGAUUUUAACAGUGACAUAUAUCAUAUAUUUAAAAACGAAGGUUUUCAACAAGUCUGAAAUUUUCUCUGUCUGUAAAGAUCUCUAUCGAAACGGAAGAUAAACGCGUAGGACAUAGCAAUUUGUAGCAAUUUGAAAUAAAAAUUGACUUACAAGCAUUGUUGUCAUUUCAUAUUAAUUUCACGAACAUUUUCUUUAUUUAUAUACAUUCGUAUAUAUAUCUACAAAAAUCAUUAUCUUCUACAAUAUGGAUAUAUUGAUUUUCUUCUAAAAUUUUCUACAAACAAAAUUUGUAAUCUCAGAAAAUGAAUAUCUUUUUGUAUCACUCUUAUCGCAACCACGACGUUGUAAAUGUUAUUUAUUAUUUAAAUAUUUAUUUCUAUUAAAAUCUCAUCGUAGAGAGAAUCUUUUUCAUCGAGUGUUCUCAUUUUUUGAAUAUUUCAGAUCUUGUGAAACAUCCUGUAUUUGUAAACGUAAUAUAUAUUCUAUAUAAUACGCUUAUCGUAUUGUUCUAUCACCCUCCUUUCCAAAUAACGAUGUACCAGUCACAGGAGAUAAUUAUCACGCGUGGAUUUUGUAUUGUUCAAGUUAUAACACACGUUGAUUGUGAUGUAGAACAUAGAGGAUAUGCGAACUGCCACUGGCGUACGAUUUUUUUUUUUUGUUCUCGAAAUGAAGAUUUGCUCUUUUAUACACGAAUAUUCAAAGAUCUGUGUUCAAAUACGUGAAAUGUAAAUUUUACAAAAAAUCCGACGAUUUGGAUUAUCGAUGAUUUCUCGUAGGUUGUAACUUUUUAUUGAUCUUUGCCAUAAAAAGAUUGCCCUAUGAAUAUUGUAAAUAAAGAUAACAAUAAAGGGAAACAUUUUGAAUUUUGUCGCUAA